CUAAAAUGCGGAGAGUGUUUACGAGACGAGUCCGGUUUGUGCGUAAAGGUGCGCAACGUUGUGCGUAAAAGUGUUCACAAAAGUUCACAUGCGGUCCACAGGAAAAUAGCACGGCCUGAGUUAACCUUUCACAUCGUUUCCAAUGUUUUCGUUCUUGAUUAAAGAUAUAUCGCAAAACACUCUCUGGCCCGCAGCCCUUUAGUCCAUGUUUAGAGAGUACCCCUCCACUCACACACACCCCUCCCAUCAGCUAUCCAAUCCUUACACAGGGACAGCGUUGACGGGGGUCAAGCGGAAAAAUAGCCUCAUAUAUAUACGCCCAAACGGUGAUUUCUUGCUCCGAGUCCUCUCCACUCUGUGAUACACUCCUUGUGUUGUCACCCGAACCGGGAAUUGUCUCUGCGUCUAGUCACAACCAACAGCUAAAAUGGCACCCAAGAAGGACCCUAAGGCUCCCGCCAAGAAGGCAGAACCUGCACCAGCACCUGCACCCGCACCCGAGCCACCCGCUGUACCCGUAGAACCCACUAUCGACCUGGCCGCCGUCAAGAUUGAAUUCAGCGCAGACCAGGUUGACGACUACAGGGAGGCCUUCGGUCUGUUCGACAGGGUUGGUGACAACAAGGUGGCUUACAACCAGAUUGCUGACAUCAUGCGCGCUCUGGGACAAAACCCCACCAACAAAGAGGUGAACAAGCUGCUUGGCAGCCCCUCCGCUGAUGACAUGGCCAGCAAGAGAGUAGAGUUCGAGGGCUUCCUUCCCAUGCUCCAGUACAUCAUCAACAGCCCAAACAAGGCCCAAUUUGAGGACUACGUUGAGGGUCUGCGCGUCUUCGACAAGGAGGGCAACGGCACAGUGAUGGGCGCUGAGCUGCGUAUCGUUCUGUCAACACUGGGAGAGAAGAUGAAUGAGAGUGAGAUUGAUGCUCUCAUGGCCGGACAGGAGGAUGAGAACGGCUGUAUCAACUAUGAGGCCUUUGUCAAGCACAUCAUGUCUGUGUAAGGACCCUGUCACUGCAGUGGCGAGCAUUGUAUAUGUGCAGACCCCAUGGCGUCGCGACAUCCACUCACUGUUUCCUGUAUCACCUGAGGAAGCAGGGGGAACAAAGGACUAUGAGAUGUCAUUUCCUGAACCCUUUUUUUUUGUUUUGUUCGACACUUUUUUUUUCUCUUUUCUUUUCUUUUCUUUUUGUCCAACUGGUGCUUUUUUUCCCCUCCUCCUCCUCUCGCUGUUCAGGAAGCGGUCCUGACCUUCCAUGAGAUAUUUCUAUCAUCACCUUCAGUCAAGUCCAAUCGUCUCUUUGUGUUAUUUUUUUAACAUCACUGGUGUUCAGAGCGGAACAGUGAUGGAGGGGAAGGUAGGAUAAUGAUGACCAUCCCUCCCCUGUCACUUACUUUGUGACUGAUUUGGCCCAGGACUGGCCAUCAAAAAUGUAUCCACUCCUAAACCAACCCAUCCCUAGGUCUUAACUUAUUGUAUCCUCUGCCAUUUCACAAUAAACUUUUAACA